CCCCCAUUCACCCUCCGAAAGUGAAGGCCCCGGCAUACAAUCCCUGCUACCUAGCAGUCUAGGUACCGAUUUCUUCAUCAUGGACUGGGUUUAUUUAAGGAAUAUGGCUAUGCAGGCGAGAUAUGGAUAUGUCCAUCCCCCGGACAUAGAUCGUCACCACCCACCCUGGCAUCCUAAUCACGCUUGAUGAUUUACAUACCGGAAAUUCCCAUGUAAACACAUCUUAUAAGACUUGGUCCUUUUCCCAUUUGCUUAUCUCUUUCCUUCUCUUUCCUAUCUUCAGCCUUUUCAGUAUCAUUAGGCUCGAUCGGCAGGUUGUUUCUUGUCCUGUUCUUGCGGUAGCGUUAGAUUAGCUGAUCUGCUACGUACUGCUACAUCAUGGUUAAUCUCAGAUGGACUUCCGCCCUUCUGGGCUGUGCCUUACCGGCCUUGGCCCAGCCUUCCUACGUGUCCCAUCCUGACAGAACCGCCGCCGUUAAGGAGGCUUUCCAACGGUCUUGGGAUGGCUACUUUCAAUACGCCUUCCCAAAUGACACAUUGAGGCCUAUCUCAAAGACCUAUGAGAAUGAUCGGAAUGGUUGGGGAGCCAGUGCUGUUGACGCCAUAUCCACCGCCUUGGUUAUGGGAAAUCAAGACGUCAUCAACCAGAUCGUAGAUCACAUCCAAACGAUUAACUUUCAGGCCACCGCCCCCGAGUCGACAAAUGUCUCCGUAUUCGAGACGACAAUCCGUUACUUAGCAGGUCUCUUAUCAGCGUAUGAUUUCUUGACUGGACCCUUGAAGCAGUACGCCAAGGACCAAGCGUCGAUAGACAAAAUUCUCGCACAAGCGGUCAGCUUAGCCGAUGUUCUCAGCGUUACUUUCAACACUCCCAGUGGAAUUCCCAUCAACACCCUAAAUUACGGCAACGGUGGAUACCAAGUCGGUGGUGACACUACCAACGGUCUUGCUACUAUCGGGACCUUGGUACUUGAGUGGACUCACUUGAGUGAUAUCACCGGAAAUGACACAUACGCCAAAUUGUCGCAGGCCGCCGAAGAGUACCUCCUCAACGUCAAGAACCCAGACGUUGGUGAGCCGUUCCCCGGUUUGCUUGGAACUGAUGUUAACGUUACGGACGGUACCUUUACGGAUUCAAGCGGUGGCUGGAACGGUGGCACGGACUCGUACUACGAGUAUCUGAUCAAGAUGUACGUCUAUGAUCAGGACCGCUUUGGCCUCUACAAGGACCGAUGGAUUGCUGCUGUCGACUCCAGCAUUAAGUACUUGGCGUCCCACCCGACCAGCCGCCCCGAAUUAACAUUCCUUGCUGCCUACGAUGGACCCAACCAGCUCUCGUUUGUGUCUACACAUCUUGCUUGCUUUGAUGGAGGAAACUUUAUUCUCGGCGGUCUAACGCUAGACAACGAUCAGUACAAGCAAUUUGGACUUGACCUCGUAGAAGCUUGCCACGAGACGUACGUUGCGACGGUUACCGGUAUCGGACCGGAGGUUUUCAACUGGCAGGAUAGUAACCUACCGGCGAACGCUUCUAACAACAGCCCGCCGCCUAACGAUUCUGCCAACUUCUACAACACCGCCGGAUUCUGGAUCCCCUCCGGUGGUGGGUCCUACGUGCUACGACCCGAGGUUAUCGAGAGUUUCUACUACGCCUACCGUGCCACAGGAGACACCAAAUACCAGGACUGGGCUUGGGAAGCGUUCCUGAACAUCAACGCUACAUGCAGCGCGGGUGUAGGAUUCAGCUCCAUCGAUGACGUGAACGUUGCCGGUGGCGGUGGGUUCGACGACUUCCAGGAGAGUUUCUGGUUCGCCGAAGUCCUGAAGUACAGUUAUCUAAUCCAAGCGGAUGACGCGGAAUGGCAGAUCAACGCCGCGCAUGAUAAUACCUGGGUUUUCAACACGGAGGCGCACCCCUUCCAGGUUAAAGGUAAACCGAUCUAGACGCAUAUAGACGGGGCCAGGUGUACAUGAUUGGGUAUAUCUAGCGAGGGUGGCUUGUCUUGCAUAUGGGCGGCGUUGAUUUUUUUUUUUUUUUUUUUUUUUUUUCGAGACUUAAUUUGUACAUAUUUAUCGGCAUCUAUAUCCGAAUAUUUAUUGAACGUUAUUUUAUCAAUUAUGCUUAUCUUGCCGUGUGGUUGUUACGCUUGUGCUACGGAUGGUAAUCACCUUAAAGAUACUGUGCCGCAAUUUAAUUGAGA